UGUGCUCCUUGUUUUGCAAUUCAAUCAAAUAAUUCAAUUUUCUACUACCAAACCAACUUUUCUAGCUUAAUCAAUAAGGAAACAAUCAUAAAAAAAUGACCCCUCUGGCAUUCACCCCACCUCAAAAACAUAAGGAGAGAAAGUGUUAAGUGCAGUAAUGUAUGUGACAAGGCCUCUUUCUUUGUACAGGAAGUCUCCUAGUGCUCUUGAAGAAGAGCCAACAGCAGAAGGUCCUUAUUCAGGUUAUCUUGUGAUUACAGAUGAAGAUGCAGAAGAACAAGACACCUUUUGUUUUGGGGCAUGUAAGAGGAAGGGUGUUGAAAAGCUACCUUUUCCUCAAGACAAGAUGUUGAAUGUUGUUCAUUCAUCAGAGGUUGAAGAGAAUAUGGUCACUAGGGUCUGGUUUAUCCCAGUUCUUGAUCAGCCUCUAUCUUCCAAUCGAUACUAUGUUAUUCGAGCAAGAGGCAGAUACAAAGGGCUAGCAUGUACAAGUUCAAGGGAGAUAGACACCAAAUUAUGUUGCUUCUUCAGUGAUGUCAAACCAAAACCGUUUGAUCACAGAAAUGUAUAUCAACAGUUCAAGCUCCAUCGCCACCACAGGCAUAGUUUUUUCGCUAAAUCCAUUGCUACUGAUUCAAUUCCACCAAAAUUUUUAAGGAAAAAUGGAUGGGAACUUCGUAUCUCUCGGUCAUAUAGAUUGCAACUAAAUGAGGCUCUUGGCCUUGAUUCAUCUCUCCGAGGACGCCUUCCAAGUCUCAAUUUCCCUAUGUAUAACAAGAAGUCACCUUCCGUUAUUGUAGGACAAUGGUACUGUCCCUUUAUAUUUGUGAGGGAGCAGACCAGACUAAGGCGGCAAAUGAAGAAAUCAUUGUUCUAUAAGAUGACACUUGAGCAAUGGUGGCAACAGAUUCAUUCAUGUGACAAUGAGAAUAAUGAACAAAUUAUUGUGAGUGUUAGUAAAAUUGUGCAAAGAGAAUUUAAUUCAGUCUACGGUAUGCUAGGUGAGAAGGAUAAUGGAAUUAGCCAUGGAGGGUUUUGGUGGUUCAGAACUCUAACAAGACAUGAUGGGAGAGGGGGAAGUAUUGGUUUGAGUUUAGCAAUUAUGGAGAAAAUGAAAUGGUUACAAGAGGAGGGCGGUUGGUUUAAUGGAGAAGAAAGUGAAGUGAGGGUUGAAAGGGAAGAAGAAAUUAGAAGUGAAUUUGGGUGGAGGAGAUUUGCUUGCUUCAUGUUGGUGGAGAGCUUUAACUUGAGAAGAAUGGAUGGAACUUUGGUGCUAAGGUGUGACUUUAGGCACACUCGCAAGAUUCAAUCCAAAUGGGAAUAAUGAAGUCUUAUGAUCAUGUAAAUUUUGUUAAAUUUGAUAAAUUAAUGAAGCUGAAAAGUACAGUUUUUUUUGUCU